AUCCUGGCACUGAGUGUAUCGAUCCUCAUCUUACAUCCUUGUUUAAAGACUUAAAAGAACAAACGGCACACACCGAUAAAAUCACACAGAAGCUGGGCAUCAACAAUGUGUAUGAACAGCGUGAUGCUGCUGAGUACUAUGAGAAGAUUUUAGGUCUGACCAGUCCUGACGCAUCAGAGAUCUUUCACGGCCUUUUGACACAUAAGACCAUAUGUUCUUCAUGUUGUACUGAGAAUGACACAGAUGGGGCAUUUUGGCAUCUUUCUCUUGCAUUGGUGGAUUACAGUGAACACUAUAGUGUAGUCAGUGGCAUUGAGGAGUAUUUCAGAGCAUCAGAUUUUAGCGGGGAAAACCAGAUGUACUGUGACGAGUGUGGUGCCAAAUCUGAUGCAACUAUUAAAUGUGUAAUAAAGCGUCAUCCGGAGGUUUUGAUGCUGCUGCUGAAGAGGUUUGAGUUUGACUACCGUUGCAUGACAUACGUCAAAAUCAACCGCACUGUGGAUGUUCCCCACACUCUACAGAUACCAGAGAAUCAGGCAUAUGAACUUUAUGCAGUCGUGGACCAUUUUGGAGAUCUCAGAAGUGGACAUUACACUGCAACAAUCAAGUCCCGGGAGGAUGGUAGAUGGUAUAACUUCAACGAUGCUACAGUCACAUUGCUUGAUAACCAGCCAUUCCAGCUGCAUGACUUUGAGAAAUCCAGCAGCGCUUAUCUUCUUUUUUACAGGAAAAAGAAAGUGCAUCCUCCUGAUACUUGUUCCCAGGACAUCAGAGAGGAGCGUACUCCUGGAGUACCUACCAGUGAUACCUAUGAUCAUGGUCAAGAUGCUGCAGAGAGAGAGGAAUAUGAGAAGGCAGAAGAGGCGGUUAAUAACACAGCAGUAGCUGUUUUCAUCAACAUAAAUGAAGAAACAGGGAAAAAAGACUUAGUCAGUGUUCUAGAGAGGUCUAGAGAAUUGGGGGUAUUAUCUGACCUCUAUGUAGAUAAUCAGGAAGUUUGUAAUGAAGAAAGGAAUGACUUGAGUCAUCGUCUUCAAGGUGCUCAUGCAGAAAGACCAAGAGAUGAGGGGAAGACAGUGAUGGAUGAUGAGGACAUUACAGGAAAUGCAGAAGCUAAAGACAGCGCAGUAAAGAGUAAAAGUCAACUUGAAGAGAGGGUUGCCAAUCACGAACAUGACGGUGAAAGACGAGAUGAUGUUAGACAUAGGAGACCACAUGAGCAUCUGGAGGGUGACGACAUACCCAACACAUCAUGUAACCAUCAGAAGUACAAACAGGAAGUCAGCAAUAUGCAUGAGAAACAAGAUGAUCCUUACAAAGUAGAGUUGACAUGCAGAGAGAUGAAGAAAGUAUGA